CCUACAAUCCACUACUUGUUUGACAGUUUUCGUGCAUUUACUUCUUCUAAUUCAUCUCCCUAAUGAGUCAAAGUACACAAUGACAACUAGCAUAACAGACGCUCGUCACUCCAUACUACACCUUACUCCUGCCUCGACCCUCGCUUUAUCCUUUGACGACCCUCCCGAAACGGGAUGGUCUGUCAUGCCUGGCUUUGACGAAUCUAUUCCUGUACCGCUACAUCUGGAACCUCCACGGAGUGACGGGGACGAGAUUCUACCUAGCCAGAUGCAUCCAUCUUAUCCUCUAGGCAGGCCGACUUAUGGCAAGGGCAAAGGAGUAUCAGGAAAGGGUGGAAGAAAAGUCGGAAACUUACUAGGAACUGUAGAUGCUUGGGGAAGAGGAAUGAGAGCUGAAGCUGGGGCAGUGGGUGGACUUUGGGGCGGAGGACGAGGUGAAGUGUGGGAGGAGACGGGGUUGGAAGGUGUUGUAGAACAAGAAAAGCGGAGAGAGGUGCCUCCUGGAAUGGCUGGCGCCAAGCGUCCUCCAACUCCGCCGCCGCCGUCUCUCAGACCAAACCAACUGCCCCUUCCUCGAUCCAUUCAUCUUAGGCGCAUGCUGGAGCGACAGCAAGUACGGGAAGAAAUGCAAAGGCCUCAAGAAGGGUUUGAUGCUCCGGUGCCAAACGAGACCUAUGACAACUCGCACCAGCAAGGCGUAGACGCCGCUGCCGAAGGACAGAGGCAUGUAGGCGAUAUAGGCGGAUCGCAAGAGUGGGAAGGAGAAAGCGGAGAGUGAGGCUACCGAUCGUAACCAGUUGUAACCAAGAAUCAUCUUAUGAUAGUGGAAUUGCUGCCAAGACAUGCAUAUUGUGAUAUUUGAAC